UUCCGUUGGCCAUUCCAGUCACUCAUUUUAUUUUAUCCUGAAGCCAGGGGCCUCUGAUCCUCCGCACUGGGCCCAAGCUGCCACCGGGAAAAGCUGGUUGUUGCCGUUUCCUUGUUCCUCAACAACACGCUAGGCAGGGUGGAACUGGAGGCAUACGUCUGCCGCGGGGAUUUUGCCCUGUAAAAUGUAUGGGCAACCUCUAGCCCCUGCAUGGACGAUUUUUUUUUUUGCUUUGCCAACGCAAGUUCCAAAUCAGAAACACACCGCAUGGCAAGUAAUGGAAAAUCUCCACUUUCUGGCUUUCAAAACUAGCCGUUCAAACCAGAUGCUGGACCGGGCGCAAGGGUUAUGCACUCGUUACCCACCCAGCGUAAUGCUUAAAUCAAGCCUGGCGCCCGAGGGGUGGUUCCAGUCAUGAUUCAGCAACAGUAGCUCGCCCGCAGCGGGUAAACCUGCCGCCCCUCGGCAAGGAAAUGACGAAACUGUUGUCGUCAUAAUAGCGCCAGCAAACAAGGCGAGGCAUUUUAAAACCUCAAACGUUGUUGUUUUUUGCCGUAUUGCAAUUAACUGUAAGCACCGCGCGUACGUGUGCAAGCACGCGAUGUCCGCUGCGAAGAAAAGAGCGCAGGCGACAAUUUCUCAGCAUCCAAACACCCACUGAAUAGCACAUGCGCAGAACUGCAUAGCGGUUUGGCCGGGGUUCACGGAUGGCUCCAGCGCACGCGCCGUGCGGCACAGCAUCGGUCUGGAGGCGUGGCUAAAGGUUAAGGAGGUCAAAUCAGCUGACUUAGCAACGGUAGAGUAAGGCACGGUCAUCGGUGAGGGAGGCAGGAAGCAGACCUCAGCCGGCGGGAGGUGCCAUGGCGACCACUGUGAGCACCCAGAGGGGGCCGGUGUAUAUUGGUGAACUUCCUCAGGAUUUCCUCCGCAUCACCCCAACACAGCAACAACAGCAGAUACAAUUGGAUGCUCAAGCAGCUCAGCAGUUACAAUAUGGAGGAGCAAUGGGCACUGUCGGGAGACUGAGCAUUACUGUAGUACAGGCAAAAUUGGCAAAGAACUAUGGCAUGACACGCAUGGACCCAUACUGUAGGAUACGACUUGGCUAUGCUGUUUAUGAAACUCCUACAGCUCAUAAUGGAGCCAAAAAUCCCCGUUGGAACAAAGUUAUUCAGUGUACUGUUCCUCCUGGCGUGGAUUCGUUCUAUCUUGAAAUAUUUGAUGAGCGAGCUUUUUCAAUGGAUGACCGCAUUGCUUGGACCCAUAUUACUAUUCCUGAAUCAUUGAAACAAGGAAAAGUAGAAGACGAAUGGUAUAGCCUGAGUGGAAGACAGGGAGAUGACAAAGAAGGAAUGAUUAAUCUGGUCAUGUCCUAUACCUCAUUACCAGCUGCCAUGAUGAUGCAGCCACAGCCUGUGGUCCUGAUGCCCACAGUGUAUCAGCAAGGAGUUGGAUAUGUACCUAUAACAGGGCUUGAGUACUUUGCUCUGGGAAUGCCUGCUGUUUGUAAUCCAGGGAUGGUGCCUGUGGCAGUGCCCCCUCCUGCAGUCAAUCCUCAGCAUGUGUGUAAUGAAGAAGACCUAAAAUCAAUCCAGGACAUGUUUCCCAACAUGGACAGAGAAGUCAUCCGUUCCGUUCUAGAAGCCCAGAGGGGAAACAAGGAUGCAGCUAUCAAUUCCUUGCUUCAGAUUGCUGAGGAAUCUUAAAUGUUUCUACACAUUCCCCGCCUUCAUUGUUAUCCCUACUUUGAUUUGCCAAGCCAGGGAUUUAGCUAGAGGAAGAAUUUACUGAGAAAGAAUCCUGUCUGAAAGAUUGUGGUCCCUUUAUUUUUGUUGUUGGACAUUUGGACAUUUGUUUUUACAUAUUUAGAAAUCUCCCCCCAUUUCUGGUAAUAUCAGUUCAGAUGUUUGUGGCUGCAUUUCUGUGUGAGAGGUAGAGUUGGGGUAUCUCUGCUGGUUCUCUCUCUCUCUCUCUUUCUCUGUUUUGAAGACAACAAACAUGUUUGUGCAUAGACCACAUUUGCCUGUUUAACACUAUGCAUUGAAAGGGGUGGGAGUUAAUACUGAUAAGUGAGAGAAGACUGCCAUUCCAGAUAGUGCUUUUAUCAGAAGUUUUCAAUAAAUAGCCCCUUUUCUGUCAGGCACACAGAGUACUUACAUAGUUCCCUGGGCGUGGGUGUUUUGUGGUAUCUGAACAUUGCAGCAAUUUGUAACAAUUCUCAGUGUAGGCAAACUGGUAUAGUAGUCCUCACAGUCUUUCUGAUGAGAUCCCCAUGUUAAAUAUAUUAAUUGGAUACUGAUGCAAUAUAUUUGACUUUCUAUAUUUAGGGCCAAUUGCUAUCAUUUGCUGUGUUGCUGUGCUUCUGAAGUCUGCGGCUACUGGUUUGUCAGGACACAAUAGCAACAUAUAUUAGAGGAAAGGGGUUGUUUCCUAAUGUUUGUAUGUGUUUACUUGCACUGUUCUCGCUUCUGCAUUUUUGUAUAUUUGAAAGAAUGAAAGAGAAAUUUUACCCCUUGGAACAUUUGAUGUUCUUAAUAAACAUUCUUGUGAUUGAUUGACAGAAUGCUCUGAAAAGAAACAUGUUGCUGAGGCAGGUAUGAAAGGGGUAGUUUUUUUGGACUAAAAUUAUUUUCAAAGCAUAACUUCUAAGGAGAAUGUAGAUUGUAAUGACUCAGUGGAGCUUAAUUUCAUCAGAGGUGAGGCAUGUGAGUCUCAUUUGUGACAGUGGGAGGAGCUAAAAUUAAAAUAUUAAUUCUCAAGCAUAAGAGGGGAAUUGUACAAAUUCACUGUAUAUGUUUUACAGCAUAGAGUUGCAAGAUGUCAGCGUAUCUCCGUUUAAUCAGCAAGUUUGUUUGAGAAAGUGAAGUGAUGCACUUUAAUAUGCACUUUUCUGUUAUAAUGUGCAGCUUGGCUUUUUGCUUGUUUCUAAAAAAUUAAAUUCUAUAAUUCAGCCAUACGUUGUACUACUCAAGGAUUUGCACACAGCACACAGGCAUUGAAAUUGGUUAUAGAUUUUAUUGCUUUGGAAGAAGAGCUCCUAGUUCUUGUCUUCUGUCUGUUUCGCUUCUCUUCAUCAAACUUUCUGUUCUUUAAAAAAAAAUCUUAUGUCCUCUUAAUUAUUUUAGCAUAUCACCUUGAAUGCUCCUGGCAUGGCCAGUUAUAGUUCAAAUAUUUAUUUUUUUAUGAUACAUGGGAAAAUAAGUUUUAAAGAUAGUACCAAAAAUAUGUGUUUUUUUCUACUGUUUGAUGUUUAUAGCAAUGGUCUUCCUAUUUGAUUAGACUUCCAUUUGUGUUAAAGUCUCUCCCUUCCCCCCACUUUCUGUUCUUUUUAGAUUCAUGGAUACAGUCAGUUGUGAGGUAGGUUUUUCUGCAACCUGCUCUAGAAGUAUACAUUCAUCAUAAAAUGAGCUUUGUCCUUUUCUUCAUACUCCACAGAACUUCCAAAUUAAUAUUAUGAUUUAAUGAUGUGCAUUUGUCUAAUUAGUGUAACAGCAGGGUAACUCUUGUGGCAGUUAGGUAUUCAAGAGGAACAUCACUCAAAAGUUGUCACGAAAACUUAGAAUAACAAUUUGUCCACAAACUCUUCUGUUGUAAGAGUGAUACGAAUGGAAUAAGUAAGGACCACAAAAUGCAAGGAAACUACAUUUCUAAAUGUUUAUGAUUACUCUGGAAUGCUUGAAGAAUUGCUUGUAGUUUAGGGAUGACCUCAGAUUGUCUUUCUGUUCCUUUUUAGAGCUGAAUUGACAUAUUCAAAGCAGUUCUGAUAAUAAACGUUCACAAUCAGGACAUUGAUAUGGGAAUGUUGAACUAAAUCUAGUUUAUGGACAUUUCCAAGAUCUAUGUAAAGCCUAGGAAAGAUCAGUGAUCAUUAAGUUGCAUUUUUGUAUAAUAAAGCAAAGAACGUCCAUGGAUUGUGAGUAGUGAAUGGAUACUUAAUUCCCUGUGUGUUCUAUUAUAAUGAAAAAAAUGACAGUACACAAUCUUUUGUGCAAUUAAUAGCUGGCAUUACUGAUUACUGUAUUUGUUCUUAAAAGUAAAAGGGGUAAACCCAGGUAUGGCCACACUUAUAUACAUAUUUCUGCUAGGUUGCUGCCUGGAAUAAUAUCCUAUGUAAAGCAUGCAAAGGGAAAGCAAAUACUUGGAAAGUUUCCAUGGAUUUUAGUUAGAAUUGGCUCUCAUAUAUUUGUAAUGAGACUGGGGUACAAGUGGCUGAUGUACAGAACUGAAAUGCACUAGUCUGUUGUUUAAACAAAAUGCUGUGUCGCACACAAUCCUUCAUAUCUGUUUUAUAUAAGCUUUUCAACAGAAUAGCAUAUUUGGCUUUGUACAUCUCUCUGUAGCCCAGAAGCUGCUGUGGAAUUUUAGUAUUUGCUGAAAGUUGUCAGCACUAGCUUCAGUCCUGCCAAAGUCCUAUGGUUGGCUAAAUCAAGGAAUACUUUUGUCUAGCUAGAUGCUUUCCAAUUUUUUCUCUAUUGUUUGAUGCGCGCUAAUGGUACCAAGUAUUUCCAUUUGCAGACAUAACUGCUUGUAUUGGCUGAGCUAUAAUACUGUAUAGGGGAUGUUUUGCUCUAAUCCUCAAGACACUGUUUUUACUUUAUUGAAGUUGAUAUGUUUUGUCUCUUGAUUGUAAAUUCUUCUUUUCCCCAUUGUAUUUAAUUUAAUAAAUGUGUACUAUAUACGA